UCAACUCUCAUACUCUCAGCUCUCAAUAUGCGGUCAGUUAUUGGUUAUUGGUCAGUGCAUCAGUUGAGUAAGUAUGUAUACCAACUAUACCAACAAGUCUAAUUUUCUAAUUUUCAAAGAGAGGGAGAGAGACCGAGGCUUUCCCUAAAUUUCCUAAAUCAAAACAAAAUAUUGUUAAAAACAAUUUGAGUGAAUUUGAGUAAGCAUCACUGAUCACUGAGUAAGUGACUUUGGACGCUUUACACUUUGACAGAUCCAGAAUCCAGUAAAUGAACGAUCGAAUUUUUAAAUAUUUUAAUAUGAAGAAGAAUGCUACGAAAUUAGAAUUCAAAUUAUAAAAGUUGUCAAUCAUGUUUUUAUUUUCUGUAAUGGUGAUCAAAAUCUAAAUGAUGUAUAAAUAUUAAAGCUUAAAAAAUAUAUAAUAAUAAUAAUAAUAAUAAUAAUAAUAAAUACAACGAAAUGUAUAAAAAAAACAACUCAGUUAUAUUAUUUAUAUAGACAAUAAUCUUAUCGUAUUAAUAUAUAUACAAUAAACACAUAUUAUUAAAAAAAAAAUAUUUAUAUCAAUAACAUCAUGAGUAUUUAUAGCACAUAUCGAUAAUCGUAAGUAUUAUAAUAUGUGUAAAUAGCGGAAACGUACUAUGUACGCAAAUAUACAUUUAUUAGUGCAUUUAUUAUCAUCACGGUCGUUUUAAUCAGUUUUGAUUAUAUACACAACUUGAACAACUUCCUCAGUUCAGGCUAUCACGCAUUAUAAUUUUAAUUCCUGUUUUCUGUAAUUUUUUUCUUUUUUUUUUUUUUUUUUUUCUUUUUACAAAAAACUAGUUUGAAUGGAAAAAAAAUUAAAUCUUCUACCAGAAAACGAUAAAAAAAUACAGAUAAAAUACAGACUACGACGGCAUCAUCAAAUUUUUAUGAUUAAAAACUAGUCAUUCGUGUUUCAAAGCUUUCGAAGAGGAUACUAUUCUGAUCAUCAGAAAAUAUGUCGGGUGUGAUAUUAAACAGAAUGAUAUUUUUAUUAUCAUUAUUAUUUUUAUUAUUAUUGACAAUUGCUAGAGGUGAUUCUUGUGAAAAGGGGGAAGAUGGUCACUGUAUGGCAAAUGAUGAUCCAUUAAUAAAUAUAAAUAAGAAUGAUGAUUUAUCAGCUGGAAUACUAUUUAAUCAAAUAACAGAUUGGCAAAAAGCUGAAAAUGUAUAUCAAUUUUACGCGAAUGAUAUUCACGGAAAUAAUAUAUCUCUUGCUAAAUAUCGUGGACACGUUAUGAUAAUUGUAAAUGUUGCCAGUGAAUGUGGUUUGACAGACGUUAAUUACAACCAGUUAGUUGAAUUAUACAAAAUGUACGGUAAUAGUAAAGGACUUAAAAUUCUAGCAUUUCCAUCAAAUCAAUUCAAUAAUCAAGAACCGGGAACAUCUGAACAAAUAUAUGAAUUUGUUAGUAAACGUUUUAAUGUUAAAUUUGAUAUGUUUGCAAAAAUUGAUGUUAAUGGUGAAAAUGCACAUCCUCUUUGGAAAUGGUUAAAAACCCAAAAAGAUGGUUUUAUAACCAAUGAUAUUAAAUGGAAUUUUACUAAAUUUAUAAUUGAUAAACAAGGAAAAGUUGUAUUACGUUCAUCACCUACGACUGAGCCCCUUGCUCUGGAAGACGAAUUAAAAAAGUUAUUCUAACUAUUAUAUACUCUUUUUUUGUUAAUGUAAACGUAAACAUGACGAUAUGCAAUAUUGUACUAAUAUUUAUAUAAUUAAUCAAACUUUUACAACAUAUAUAUAAUAAUAAAUUAUAUAAACUUA